AUGGCUGGAUGGCUAGCUAGUCCUCGGGGGGGUGUUCUGGUCGCGUGCCACCUUUGGGGAGUGUUCUGGGGUGAGCUUAAGAAACUUGAUAGCACAACUGGAAGGAGCACAAAUGAGAUACAAGAAUCUCCUGCAACCUCCAAGUCCUAUUUGGAAGGCUUGGAAGGAUGUUCGGACUCUUUUGAGUUAGUGACUCCAGUAGGAAAGCUGAGAAUGAGCAGGAGUCGUCUUCUUCUAGUGAUUCAGAAGAAAACCCAAUUGAGAAUGAUCCAUUUUUUCUGCUGGAGACCUCCCCUUUCUUGCCAGUUGCUGAUGGUGAUGAAUUUGGGAAUUUUUUUUAUCAAGGAACUAACGUCUCAAGGUUAUCCUUUGCCAGCUGCCCUUGAUGGAGGCAUGCGUUUGGUUAAUACUUUUGAAAAUGAAUUUGCUGAUGAUAUCUGGAGUAAACUCACCAAAAAAGUUGCUGCAAACAUGUCUCAUAUUGUUGUCUCUCUUGCUUCAUUCAAUGGAGAAGAACGAAUUUUUGUUUGCACAGGAAUAUUUGUAGGCUGCAAUGAAUCCAACACAAGGAUCCUGACUUCAGCAAGUUUGGUUAGAAUUUCUGAUGAUGAAAACAAGAUUAAUGAUAACUUGAAGGUUGAUUGUUGUACACCUUCCAAACAAACUGUAGGGACAUUGCAACAUUAUCAUCUGCAUUACAAUGUUGCUAUUGUCAGCAUCAAAGGUUUCCGUUGUCUUCGUACAGAAGAAUUUCAUGAUCCAGGGCAAAUUAAGCGUAAGGAGGUAUUAUCUGUAGGACGUGUCUUCAAGUCAGGCAAAUUAAUGGCCACAGGUGGGAUAUUGACUGACAAACCCAGCAAACUUGACUGCAAAGAACUUAUGGUCUCGACUUGUAGAAUCAGUAAGGCUGGGAUUGGAGGGCCCCUGAUUGAUUGUGAUGGGAAUUUCGUUGGUAUGAACUUCUACGGUAGGAAAGAGACUCCGUAUUUACCAAGGGAUAUACUUAUGAAAUUAUUGAGCUAUUUUGAUGGAAAAGGGGACGUCUCUCCUGAGAUUAUGGACAACCAAAACAUAAACAGUUAUACUUAUACCGCAGUCCCAACUCUCGGCCUCCCGCACAGGCACAGCGGGUCAGCCGCACCGCCCAGGCACGCCCGACGCACUCCACUUGCGAGCAGCGAGCGGCGGCCGGCGGCCGGCGGCGGAGCAGCAAGCGGCGCAGUCAGGCGGGCGCCCCCUCCUAGAUCCCGGUCCCUUGCAGCAGUACACCCCUUCUCUGCGCUGCGCAUCCCUGGGCUGGGCGACUCACCAUCAAAUCGGCCGACGCAGGAGGCUGCGCGGCGGCAGUGGGAAGCCAUGACGCACGGCUUCAUCAAGGCGGUGGAAUGCGAGCCGCAGGGGUCACCUACGCCGCUGCUCACCUCCAUGAAAGCCAUCAUGACCAACGCCCGGCGGGCCGCAACCAUUGCGAGGGUCCUAUCGGCGCCGGCGGCGCGCCCCGCACGCAAGGUCGCAAACUUCGAUUGGCGUGCGAGUUUCACUGCGCCACAGUACAAUUCCUGUCUCGCACCGCCCGAGCCGGCCACAACAGCGACAGGCCCCUCGCGCCGAUCGCCGGGCAAUGGGAGCUGGGCGGGGGCGGUGAUGGGCGCGGCGGGCUCCAGGCUGGAGAAGGCGCUGGGCGAGCAGUUCCCCGAGGGCGAGCGCUACUUCGGCCUCGAGAACUUCGGCAACACCUGCUACUGCAACAGCGUGCUGCAGGCACUUUAUUUUUGUGUUCCUUUCCGUGAUCAAUUGCUGGAGUACUAUGCAAACAAUAAAAACACCGGAGAUGUUGAAGAGAACAUGCUAACCUGCCUGGCUGAUCUGUUCUCUCAGAUCAGUAAUCAGAAGAAGAAAACAGGGGUUAUUGCUCCUAAGCGUUUUAUACAACGAUUGAAGAAACAAAAUGAGAUUUUCCGCAGCUAUAUGCAUCAGGAUGCUCACGAGUUUCUGAAUUUUUUACUGAAUGAGCUAGUUGACAUUCUAGAGAAGGAACAUAAUGCUGCAAGAGAGUCUCUUCAAAAUAUCUCGUUCCCAAAGAAUUCAAAUGGUCCUAUUGAUGGCCAACCCAAUGGUAGUCACAAAGAAUUAGCUGCCACAUGGGUUCAUAAAUGCUUCCAGGGAAUAUUGACUAACGAAACAAGGUGUCUGAGAUGUGAAACUGUGACUGAUAGAGAUGAAACAUUUUUUGACCUGAGCCUGGACAUUGAACAGAAUAGUUCACUCACCAGCUGUCUUAAGAACUUCAGCUCAACAGAGACUUUGAAUGCUGAGGACAAGUUCUUCUGUGACAAAUGCUGCAGUUUACAGGAAGCACAAAAAAGGAUGAAGAUAAAAAAACCACCAAACAUCCUAGUAAUUCAUCUCAAGCGGUUCAAGUAUAUUGAGCAGCUUCAGCGCUACAAAAAACUAUCAUACCGAGUGGUUUUCCCACUGGAGCUUAAACUUCUUAACACAGUUGAUAAUUCGGACUUGGAAUACGCCCUAUUCGCUGUGGUAGUUCAUGUUGGAAGUGGGCCAAAUCAUGGCCACUAUAUCAGUUUAGUUAAGAGCCACAAUCAUUGGUUAUUCUUUGAUGACGAGAACGUUGAGAUGACUGAUGAGUCCAUGGUACAGGCAUUCUUUGGCUCACCGCAGGAGUUCAGUGGUAACACUGAUAAUGGCUACAUACUCUUCUAUGAAAGCCUUGCUGAAAGAAGUUGA